AUUCUAGGGCAGCAGAUUAAUGACUUCACCCUUCCUGAUGUUAACCUGAUCGGAGAGCAUGCUGAUGCUGCGGAGCUUGGGAGAAUGCUCCAGCUUAUUUUGGGAUGCGCUGUGAAUUGUGAACAGAAGCAAGAGUACAUCCAGACCAUAAUGAUGAUGGAAGAAUCGGUUCAACAUGUUGUCAUGACAGCCAUUCAGGAGUUGAUGAGUAAAGAGUCUCCAGUCUCUGUUGGAAAUGAUGCUUACGUUGACCUUGAUCGGCAGCUGAAGAAAACUACAGAAGAAUUAAAUGAAGCACUAGCAACAAAAGAAGAAAUUGCACAGAGAUGUCAUGAGUUAGAUAUGCAGGUUGCAGCCCUCCAGGAGGAGAAGAGCAGCUUGCUCGCUGAAAACCAGAUUUUGAUGGAACGUUUAAAUCAGUCUGAUUCUAUUGAAGAUCCCAACAGCCCUGCAGGUCGUAGGCACUUGCAGCUGCAGACACAACUAGAACAACUCCAAGAGGAAACAUUCAGAUUAGAAGCUGCCAAAGAUGACUAUCGAAUACGCUGUGAAGAACUAGAAAAGGAAAUAGCUGAAUUGAGACAACAAACAGAAGACCUCACUACAUUGGCAGAGGAGGCUCAGUCUUUGAAGGAUGAGAUAGAUGUACUUAGGCAUUCUUCUGAUAAAGUAGCCAAGUUAGAAAGCCAGGUAGAGUCAUACAAAAAGAAAUUGGAAGACCUGGGUGAUUUGCGACGGCAAGUGAAACUUUUAGAAGAGAAGAAUACAAUGUACAUGCAAAAUACUGUGAGCCUGGAAGAAGAACUAAGGAAGGCCAAUACUGCACGCAGUCAGCUGGAAACAUACAAGAGACAGGCAGUUGAACUACAAAACAGGUUAUCUGAAGAAUCCAAGAAAGCUGAUAAAUUAGAUUAUGAAUGCAAACGACUGAAAGAAAAAGUAGACAGCCUCCAAAAAGAGAAAGAUAGAUUAAGAACAGAAAGGGAUUCUUUGAAAGAAACUAUUGAAGAGCUUAGAUGUGUACAAGCUCAGGAGGGUCAACUCACCACUACAGGAUUGAUGCCUCUGGGAAGACAAGAGCCUUCAGACAGUUUAGCAGCAGAAAUCAUUACUCCUGAAAUAAAGUAA